AAAAUACAAAUAUGCAAUUUAAAUACGUUAUUGCCGCCCUUAUGGUGAUGGUAUGCCUCUUGGCUCCAACCAUGAUGGUUAAAGCUGAAAAGUCAGUUAUGGGAUGUGAAAUCUGUGAAUGGUUGGUUGCUACCGCCGAAGGUUUGGUUAACAAGACCAAGCCACAAAUCGAACAAGAAUUGUUGCAAGUCUGCUCCAAGUUGGGUCCAUAUGAACAACUCUGUGACCAAAUGGUCUUGAUGGAAUUGCCAGAUAUUAUCGAUGCUAUUAUUGCUAAGGAACCACCAGCAAUUGUCUGUGCUCAAGUUAAGAUCUGUGCCAACUCUUCUGCUCCAGCUAUUGCUACUGCUCCAAAGGACUCUGGUAUCUGUAACAUGUGUCAAUUGGUUGUUACUCAAGUUGAAAACUGGGUUGAAAGCAAUGAUACUAUCAUGACUUUGGAAAAGAAGUUGGAACAAGUCUGUAAUGUUAUUCCAGGACAAUACUCCACUCUCUGUACUUAUGCUGUUGAACAAUACUUGCCAACUUUCAUUCACCAAGUUGAACAACAAUACUCUCCAUUGGUCAUUUGUCAAGAUGUUAGUUUGUGCUCAAAGCAAGAAGCUCCAAAGGUUGUUGCUCCACAACCAGCUGCUGCUGAAUUGUGCCCAAUCUGUAAGGCUGCUGUCGGUUUCUUGAAGUCCAAGAUCUCCACUGUUGAUGUCCCAACCAUCAAGAAGCAAUUGGAAUUCGCUUGUACUUUCUUCCAAGUUGAAGAUUGUCAACAAUUGGUUGAUAAGGCUGCUGAUAUUGCUCAAGCCAUCCAAACUGAAGAUGCUAAUACCAUCUGUUCAUCUGUUGUUGAUGUCUGCCCAAAGGAACAAGUUACCUUGAAGGCUCAAUGGAAUCCAUUCAAGAAGUUCCUCGAAGCUAAGAAUGCCAAGUAUUGUCCAACUUGUUUGGCCAUUACCCAAUAUUUGGAAAAUGCCAUCACUUCUGAUGUUGCUGUUGCUGAACUCAUCAAGAUUGCUGACCUCGGUUGUGCCAAGUUGGGUUCUUUGGAAUCUCUCUUCAUCCUCGAAAAGGUUACCCCACAAAAGGUCUGUUCCACUUUGAAGAUGUGUGAUGCUGCUGAUAAGAUGUCUCUUGCUGCUCCAGUUAUUGCUGCUAAGGUUGAAGAUUCCUCAAUGUGUCUUGGUUGUGAAUAUGUUAUUGGUGUUGCUGACAACUGGUUGAUUGCUAACAAUACUCAACAAUCUGUUGAAUCCACUUUGGAUAUGGUCUGUAACGACUUUGUUCCAUCUGUCUACAAGUCUCAAUGUGUUGCUUUGGUUGCUCAAUACACUCCACAACUCGUCCAACUCUUCGAAGCUAAGGUCUUUAACCCACAAACUGUCUGUAAGGCUAUUGGUGUCUGUACCUCUGCUAAGAGACAAGCUAUCAACAAGCAAAUCCAAAUGAACUAA